AUGGCCGUCUCUUCGUUUCAGUGCCCUACGAUCUUCUCAUCGAUCUCAAUCUCCGGUUUCCAAUGCCGUUCCGAUCCAGAUCUCGUCGGUUCUCCGAUCGGUGGAUCAUCUCGCCGUCGAGUCAAUGCGACCUCCGGGAUCUCAUCGUCAUUCACCGGAGACGGUGGAUUAUCCUCAAGGAUCUUGAGAUUUCCUCCUAAUUUCGUUCGUCAGCUAAGUAUCAAAGCCCGUAGAAACUGUAGCAACAUCGGUGUUGCACAGAUCGUGGCUGCUAAGUGGUCCAACGACCCCUCAUCCGAGUUACCAUCGGCGGCGGCGGCGAAGAAAUCUGUUUCUGCGGUUUCUUCCUCCGCAGCUUCAGCCGCCGCCUCCGCCCCAACGGCUGCCGUUCCUCCCGUCGUGCUUAAAAGCGUCGAUGAAGAGGUUUUGGUGGCCGAGGAGGAGGAAGGGGUUAGGGAGAUAGAUAGUGUACAGUUGAAUGAUUCGAAACCACCCUCAUUCUUAAGCUCCGAUGGGAGCUUGACUGUUCAUGCUGGUGAGAGAUUAGGUCGUGGUAUAGUCACUGAUGCUAUCACUACUCCUGUAGUCAACACAUCUGCUUAUCAUUUCAAGAAAACUGCUGAUCUUCUUGACUUCAAGGAGAAAAGGAGUGUAAGUUUUGAGUAUGGUCGUUAUGGAAACCCUACGACUGAGGUAGUUGAGGACAAGAUAAGUGCACUUGAAGGUGCUGAAACAACCUUGGUUAUGGCAUCUGGGAUGUGUGCAAGCACUGUUAUGCUAUUGGCAUUGGUUCCUGCUGGUGGACACAUUGUGACUACUACUGAUUGCUACAGGAAGACAAGAAUCUUCAUGGAGACUUUCCUUCCCAAGUUGGGGAUUACUGUCACUGUGAUUGAUCCUGCUGAUAUCGCGGGGCUUGAAGCUGCGGUGAAUGAACACAAGGUUUCUCUGUUCUUCACUGAGUCCCCGACGAACCCAUUCCUUAGAUGUGUCGACAUUAGGCUAGUUUCAGAAAUAUGCCACAAAAGGGGAACUCUUGUUUGCAUUGAUGGCACCUUUGCAACACCUCUGAAUCAGAAAGCCCUUGCACUUGGUGCUGAUCUUGUCGUGCACUCUGCUACAAAAUACAUUGGUGGACACAACGAUGUUCUUGCUGGAUGCAUCUGUGGCUCACUGAAGGUGGUUUCAGAAAUCCGCAAUCUGCAUCAUGUGUUGGGAGGCACACUUAACCCGAACGCUUCGUACUUUCUCAUCCGAGGCAUGAAGACACUGCAUCUUCGUGUACAUCAACAAAAUUCCACCGCCCAAAAGAUGGCCGAAGUUUUAGAGGCACAUCCUAAGGUGAGUCAUGUAUACUAUCCAGGCCUUCCAAGUCACCCCGAGCAUGACCUCGCCAAGCGACAAAUGACUGGUUUUGGAGGUGUGGUCAGUUUCGAGAUUGAUGGAGACAUUGAAACAACAAUCAAGUUUGUGGAUUCUCUCAAGAUUCCUUACAUCGCACCAUCUUUCGGUGGCGUGGAAAGCAUUGUGGACCAACCCGCCAUCAUGUCUUACUGGGAUCUGACGCAAGAGGAGAGGCUAAAGUAUGGAAUCAAAGAUAAUUUGGUUCGUUUCAGCUUUGGAGUUGAAGACUUUGAAGAUGUCAAAGCUGACGUUCUCCAAGCUCUUGAAGCCAUCUGA